UUUGCGUUCGUUGCCGCCAGUUUCAAAUCAACUGCAAAGGAAUUAGCAUAAAGUAACUAAAUCGAAUUUAAGAAUUUAAAGCAACAAUAAAAUGGCCUACAACAGCUGGCCGCGCGUACUGAUACUCUACGUGGUGCUCCUGCUGCACUGUCAGCUGUAUGCUGCCACGCCCAAUCGGCGCAUCAUCUACCGAUUCACCGAUUGCAAUGCCGAGCAGCUGCAGCAUUUGCCCAAAAUCGCCGCGAUCUAUGAGUUAUCCGCUGUGACGUGCAACAUCACAACGCUACCGAAUGCCUACUUCACACGCUUCACCACACUCACCGCGCUGGAGGUGCGCGAGAGUGGGCUGGCGAAAAUCGGCGAUUACGCGCUCAAUGGACUCGAGCAGCUGCAGUGGCUCUCGCUAUCCUGGAACUACAUCACCAGCGUCAGGCCGUGGGCUCAGACGCCACUAAAAGCGCUGCAGACGCUCGAUUUGGAGGGAAAUGCCGUGAAAACAAUAAGCGCCGAAAGUUUCAUACGCUACCCGAAUCUACAUUAUUUAAGCUUAGCGCACAACAUGCUUGAGCGCAUCGACAGCGACGCGUUUGCGCCCUUGCCACAUUUGCGACACUUGAAUUUGGCGCACAAUCGUCUCAGCGUGAUUGAGUCGCCAUAUUUCCGUGGCAUGCAACAUUUGGCACAUUUGUCACUGCAGCAUAAUGCGAUUGAGCGCGCGGCCGUCGACAGCUUCGAGACGAACGCACAUCUGCGCACGCUGCGCUUCGAUGGCAAUAAGCUGCAGGAUUUGACAUUUCUACGCAGCAAAGCGCUGUCACGCCUACUGCAUUUGAAUGUCUCCCACAAUCGCAUCGAAGCCGUUGAUGCCUUCGCGGCUGGCGAGUGGGCGUUGAUAGAUUUGGAUCUUAGUGCGAAUCGGUUGGUGGAGGUGAAGGAGGAUACUUUUGAUGGUCUGGCAGCACUUUUGCACCUCAAUCUCAGCGGCAAUGCCUUGCGUCUGCUGGCCGCGACCUGUUUGGACAAGCUCAUCAAUCUGGAAGCGAUCGACCUGUCCGCCAACAAUUUGACGCAGCUACCCACUGGACUCUUCGUGGCGCCCACACAGCUGCAGCGCAUCAAUUUGUCACGUAAUGCACUGCCGGCCAUCCACGAGGACCUCUUCGCCCAGCUGCCCUAUCUGCGUGCGUUGGACAUGUCACGGAAUCAAUUGUCGUCCGGCGCAUUCAUCGCUCAUCUCUCGCCGCUGCUGCCGCACUCGGCACUUACGUUGGAUUUAAGUGAGAAUCACUUAACGCGUCUCGAUGGCAAUGCCAUGGCUGCGUUGCAAGUGUGUGGUGCGAGCGUUGAUUUGUCGGCCAACCGGUGGCAUUGCCAGUGGCUCAUUGUUGAGUUGGUGCGCGCUCCGGCGCACGUUCACUUCGGGCGCAACUACUCGCUGGCGUCGUCGUGGAGUGCGGCGCUGCUCAACGUGAGUGGCAUUGAUUGUUUCGAUGCGGAGCGGCAACGCAGUAUUGUGGUGCUUGACGCCGCCCGUUUGUGGGAGCGGCGCCAUGGUGUGGGCGAUGUUGAGUGCACGACGUUCGUUGAUCCUGUUAUGCCAACACCGCCGCCGCUGGCUUGGCCGCGGGUGCGCAUGGACCGCUUCGACUCACGCUCCAUUAUCAUUUGGAUGUUAAUUGCCAUCGGCUUAGCGUUUACCGGGUUGCGUAUAGCGCGUCACUUGCUCGACAGGCGGGAGCAGAGCAAACGUGUGAAGAAAUUACUCGAAAUGAAGACACAGGAGCUGUCGCGACUUACGGCGAAGAACACGGAAGCGAACGAUGAGCGAAAUUAAAAACUUAAAUAGUCUUUGGGAAGACCGAAGUAGACCUUAUUGUCGUGAAUUGUUAAAUUAGGUGUAUUAUAU